CUGAUACUGCGCAUAAAUCUGCCCGACUCCGCAGUCAUCAACCUGUUUCGCUCCCUCGAAGGCAACCGCAGCAUAGCACUUAUGGAGUUCCGUGGGGUCACCUUCAGGAGCAGGAUCGCCAAAGCACUGCGACAACUAUUGGAGCGCAACCGAACGUUAACUUCUCUCAACGUUGACCUCCAAGAGAGUGACCUCAAAGUCGACCGCACGGUCCAGUUUCAGCGCAUAUGCAGCCAACUCACGAAGGCCCUGCUCCGAAACUUCAUUGUCACCAGCAUCACCGUGAAUGUGGAGAAAAGGAACCACUCCAACCAGCCCGUCCUCAAGGAGGCUCUCAGGCGUAACUUGGUGUUCGUCAACCGAGCCGUCCACUUCGUCAACGGCUCCAUGGAAAAAAUGGACGCCAUUGCAUUCGAGACCUUGCAGCGCUGCUACUCCGUGAAGUUAUCCCUGUGCAACGCUUUCAACAACUCCGACCAAUCCGCGAUCGAGAAGAUCGCCGAGGCACGAAAGCGGCUCGCUUUCGACUACUUCAUCCUCGUGGGCGUCGUCAAAACCAGGAUAGCCUGCCACCCACGUCGCAAGCGAAAGACUACAUUCGAUAAGCUCGGCAGAGACAUGCAGGCACUCAUCUGCUCCUACCUCAGCUUGACUGAUGUCCUGAGCAUCUGAAGCGGCACAAUUUUUUUUUUCUUUGAGUUCGCUCCACCACCUUCUGACAAUGGCGCUAUCGCGCCAGCACGCAAAGUCGGGGCACCUGAAUAUUUUAUUUGAAACCCGCUGUAAACUUCCACAUCGCCAGUGGCAUUCCAUACUAUUUCUUAAUUAGCAGGUAAAUCAAGUGAUACCUUUAGAAUUCUUAUGCCGUGCACAUUUUAUUUCCUGCACAUUUUAUACUCUCACGUUCCACUCGCUAAUUUCACGUAUCACACAAGCCCUUGCAGAAAAUGUAUUUUUUUUAAACUGUUCCACUUGGAGACGCACCUAAGUGUCUUUCCCGUAUAUGUAUAUGCCUUGUAGCUUGUGCCAACCAUUUCAAUAUGCGCAAUAUCUUCCAUCUUUCUAAGACAUCUCGAAUCACUUCACUCAAGCUGUGACUCAUAGAUUUUAGUUUUUAACACACGUUCACUGCUACAUAAAUGUCAUGCGCAUCUUAAGGCUCACCUUAUUUACUUUUUCAUGUGUUUUACGAAGUUACACUGCCCUCAACGACAUCUCGUGUAUUGCUCCUACGUUCCUGCACCGUCCCUGCAUUUUUUUGGGUGUCUGCUCUACUAGAAUAGCAGAAGCCCAAUUUUGAACACUUGUAUCUUACGCAAUCGCGUACUUAGAUGAACGCGAGCUAUAGAUGUGUUACUCAGUGAUGCCAC